UAAACCACACCUCCCUUUGGUGCAUGGGUUUGGAGGACCCGUUUAGGGAAAAUGGGUCACAAAAACGUCGAACUAUAUAGCUAUUUCCCCUCAAUUCGCUCUCCGCCUCCUAUCCAUUCUCUGCGAAAUCCUAUUCUCAUCUUCAUCUGCAAGGUGGCAUAUUACUAUUACAGGCCACAUCUAAAAAAGGCUGCUCUUGCAAGGUUGAGUGACGUGAACAGGAGCCUUAAGGUUACAAAUUUUGGUGUGAAGAAAAAGAAUAGACAGACUUUGAAGAUCCGAGCAUUGAGGGCAAUCCAGCAAUUACAUUUGUUUAUCUCUACUUUAAUUACCACCCACGGUACUGUCAAUCCUGAGUUGUGGUCAUGCUACUACUCACAGUGUAGUAACUAAUUAUGUAUACAAAACUCCAACAUACCGACGAUAAUUGUCACACCCCGACUGUGACAACCCUCAAAUUUACAUGUAACCGUACAGAUUAUUAAUGAUAAUAAAAGCACUUGAUGACUGUGCUGAAUUAUUUAACUGCUCUUCGAUUACUGU